CUCCUUUCCGGCGGUGACGACCUCCCUACGAGAACAUGCCUCUCGCAAAGGAUCUCCUUCAUCCCUCUCCAGAGGAGGAAAAGAGGAAACACAAGAAAAAGCGCCUGGUGCAGAGCCCCAAUUCCUACUUUAUGGAUGUGAAGUGCCCAGGAUGCUAUAAAAUCACCACGGUCUUUAGCCAUGCACAGACGGUAGUCCUGUGUGUCGGCUGCUCCACUGUCCUCUGUCAGCCUACAGGCGGGAAAGCAAGACUGACAGAAGGAUGCUCCUUCAGGAGGAAGCAGCACUGAAAAGCACCAGAUUCGAGAUGAGUGGGAACCAUCCCAAUAAACACAUUUUGGAUAUAUAGUGUUUGUCUUGUUUAACUGGUAGGAAGUUGUGCCUCACGUAUCCCAGGGCAACCAGAAGAGUGGUCCUU